GUAGCUUAUCGAUAAAUCAGUAACUCACAAAUUGUCAACUAUUUCAUUUGGUAAUACGGUUUUUAGUUAAAAGUAACCAUAUAUGUAACGAUUCAACAGCAAAACGCAUCUUGGCGUGCCAGAAUUUUUAUAAGAUACGUUUAAUUUUUCAUAUAAAUAUAUUGGGACAGAAUUUAUAAAUCUAUAAGGUAUAGAAAGCAUACUAGUGUUGAAAUAUAUCAUCUAAAAGUUUUAAGAGUCGACAUUUUUGCAAAGACUUACAUAUGUACAUCUGUACAUAUGUAUGCAUGAUUGCGUAAAAAUAAAUAAUUGAGAAAAUAUAAGAAGUGAAUUUGAAUUGCUGCAUGUUUUAUACAAAGUUCAAAACUAAAUAAUAUAUACAUAAAAUGAGGGAAUCAGCUCAUGAUAUAAGUCUUGAUACUUGGAAGCAAUGGAUUUUGGAAGCUAUUUCAAAAAUACGUUCCCAAAAGCAACGGCCCAGCGUUCAACGCAUUUGCCAGGCUAUUGGAAGCCAUCACAAAUUUCACGAAGAUAUCGUUGCAGAAAAAUUAGAGGAAGCAGUCGAGUCUGGAGCCGUAAUUAAAGUAUAUAACAAAGGAUUACAUUCCUAUAAAGCCCCUAUGGCAAAGAGAAGGAUUAAAGUUGAGAAAAAUAGUAACUUAUGUAAAAUAGUUGCAAAAGCUGUGCAUGAUUUGGGAGAAUGUGAGGGGUCAACGAUAAAAACUAUUGAAAAUUACAUACAAAAAUUCAAUAACAUUGAUCUUGCCCCAGAUGUAGACUUUAGAGCAGUUAUAAAAAGUUCGAUUAGAAAAGCAGUAGAUGCUGGUUUUCUAGUGCAAGAGGGAAAAUUAUAUAAAAAGGGAAGAUCACUUACUACACCACGAAAAUCGUCGUCAACACAAGAGGUAUCUGUAACGACGGGUGACGACAAUUGUUCCUACUGUUCAGGUGACGCACAGAAAAAUCGUAAUGGUAUACCAGAACCAUUAAGCUCAUGCAAAAAAUGUGGCAUGUCCUUGCAUACGACGUGUGCAAACAUCGCUGCUAAAUGCAAAUCACAAUCUUACGUGUUGCUAUAUAUGCUGGUUACUAAAGGUUCCAUAUGGUAUUGCAAAAAUUGCGCAGAAUGCAGUGUAUGCACAUACACAGAUCGGGGACCUUGCUUACUGGAGUGUUCGGCAUGCAAGAAAAUGUACCAUUUGACGUGUUUGGAUACUAUACCAGAUAAAAAACCUAAACAUCCUUAUAGAUGUAAGAAUUGUAUACUACAAAAUUUUGAUGUUGUUAAAAAGGAUGUGACUAAAAAAGGCUUGGAGACAGGUAAAAGCCGAAACCAAGCCGCCAGUGAAUUGUCCAAGACUUCACGAGGUGUACGACCGGUUAUGCCGUCAACAUCCGAACACGCUGGGCCACGUAACAAAGAAUGGAUUAGUGGUAAGCUAAAGGAUAAACGAGCCUUGGGUGGAACGACAGGCGUUUCUUCAUGCAAGCGGCAAAUCAUCGACGAAAUGGACGAUAGCCCCACAACAUCAAAAUUAUCCAAAUAUGAAAAUUCUAAAGAAUUAUACAAAGACAUUUCGCUAAGUCAAGCAAUUAAAUCGUCUCAGAGUUUACAAAAAAGCAUUGCACAUAAUUCACACUUGAAAAUGUUUAAGCAACGUUUCCUUAAGAUGGAGUCAGGGGACUCCAAACGUACAAAGAAGAAAACUCCAUCGGACUUGUCCUCAUCGAGCUCUUCUAGCGAUAGCGAUGAGGAUGACAACAUGGAAUGUGACGAUGACAAUCAAGAUGAUAGUACAUCUUCGGGUUCAUGUUCUUCGAGCAGUUCGGGCUCGGAUUCAAGUGAGAGUAGCAGCGAUAGUUCCGAAUUCGAUAACGAAGAAGAAGAAGACAAUUUUGAAGAGAAUGACGACGAUGAUUGUGAUUCGGAUAAAAGUGAUUCAAAAUCGAAUAUAUUUAUCUCACAAAUUCCAGUAAAAAAGGAAAUAAGUGUGCCUGCAAAAAACUACACGUCACCAAAUAAUAAAGCAAAAGAUGAGCACUGGGGCUUUGCUGCUGUGGCUAAAAAUCGCGUUGAUAUAUUUUCACAAUCGAGAAAUAUAGAAUCAGAUGGUUUUGCUUUAAAAAAGUGUGGCAACCUUUUAACUGGGUUCAAUAAAAACAUAGUCCCCGAUGAGCUAAAUACUAGCGGCAACAGUAAACAAAUGAACUAUAAGUUACUUCAAAGUCAAGGCAACAUGGAGGCCGAGCCGACAGAGAAAAGAACACCGAAAGUUACCGCAAAAAAGGAGGAUUUUCUAGAGAGCACCACCGCAACAGAAGCAGCGCACCUUAAGGGCGUCAAGAAGCCCGUGGAAAAGGUACAGAAAAAGAAAGUUGCAACACUCAAAUCUGCACCUUUGGACACGAGACGCACGGCCUACAAGAGUGAUGAUGAUGAGGUCCCAUAUUUGAAUGAAAGCACUGUAAUCAAGUACCAAUUGAUGGAAAAUACAAAUUAUGCUAGAGGUGUGAAACCAUUCACGAACGAAGAAAGUUCCUCCAAUGAAAAAGUGGAGUACGAGGAGGUUUAUCCAGAAAACCCAUUUGAAAACCAACCACUUCCAAAUGGCGUUGAACAAAAUGAUAUAACAAUUUAUAAAAAAAUCCGUGAGAAUGCAGCAAAGAAAGUGGCGGAGUUGAAAAGUUUAAAUGCACUGGCCAACGCUGGUUCUGGUAACCCGCAAGAGCGGUGUCCAUCGGCAAUUGAAAUCGGAAAGUGGCAUAUUGAAACUUGGUAUUCGAGCCCGUUUCCCCAAGAAUAUGCGAGGCUACCGAAAUUAUAUUUGUGCGAAUUUUGCUUAAAGUAUACAAAAAGUAGAUCGGUUUUGGAUAGGCAUCAGAACAAAUGCCUUUGGAAGCAACCGCCGGGCACCGAGAUAUAUCGUCAUAAUGAUAUAUCUGUGUUUGAGGUCGAUGGAAAUAUCAAUAAAAUUUACUGUCAAAAUCUGUGCUUACUUGCCAAACUAUUUCUGGAUCACAAAACACUAUACUAUGAUGUUGAGCCUUUUUUGUUUUACAUACUAACUAAAAAUGAUAAAAAAGGCUGUCAUCUUGUGGGCUACUUUUCCAAAGAGAAACACUGCGCACAAAAAUUUAACGUCUCAUGCAUACUGACAAUGCCACAAUUUCAAAGACAAGGCUUCGGUCGAUUUCUGAUAGAAUUCAGUUAUUUGUUGAGUCGGGAGGAGGGUCAGGUCGGAACGCCGGAGAAGCCGCUAUCCGAUUUAGGAAGACUUUCCUAUUUCGCAUAUUGGAAAUCGAUAAUUUUAGAGUAUAUUUACAACCACAGAAAUGAUGGCCGAAUCACUUUCAAAGAUAUUGCCAACAAAACAGGCUUAACCGUCUCUGAUAUAGCAUUAGCAUUCGAGUUGUUGAAUUUCAUAAAGCUACGAAAGAACGAAGAUGAUAUACGUUAUCAAAUAAAUAUCAAAGUUGAUUGGGAAAAAGUAAUCGUCCACUAUAAGAAGCUGCAAAAUUCCAAGCGCAUACCUUUAGAAACAGAUUGUUUGCGUUGGAGCCCAUUGUUGUCCAAAGCAUUGGCUGGCGAUGGCAUUAAAUCGUCUGAAGAGAGUAGCUUCUUGGAUAGUUCCAAUAGAUCUGAACAUACAGCAAUUGAACGCAUGAGAUCACGUAAAUCCCACUCGUUGGUCUCGAACAGCUCUGCUUUUAUAAAAAAGGAACUGAAUACAAACGAAGGUGUGCAGCAAGGCGGUCAUAGUAAAAUUUCCAAUUUCGUCAAUGAAUGCAAAAUAACCAGCGCAACUGUUGAGCUAAAUUUUCAGAAGCGAAAGGUUGCAGAAGCAAAAAACAUUAAUACGGAUUUAAAAAACUCCAUGCAUGAGGUGAUAGACGAAAGCAAUGAGCCGCCGAAUCAAGACGAGCACGAGAAAGGUAAAAGUAACGAAGCGCCUACGAAAAUGGAAAUAGAUCCUGACGCUGCACCCGUUGCCGUUGCCGUCGCCGUCGCCGUCAAGGUAGGCACGAAUACAGGGGUGGACGUCAGAAGGAAUCCACGCAAGAGGCAGCUCAGUAAAGAUGAUUCCGUUGUAACGCCAGGCAACGUUGAAGGGCUGGAAAUAAUUCAUAAACCGGAUAAGAAAAGGAGAAUGCAAACUUCACUAGUUCAACCGGCUAUGGAAAAGCCCAAGGGCGAAAUGAUCGACACUAAUAGUAUUGACGAUGACAAGUUGACAAGCCGCGCACAGAGGUUAGCGAAUCGCAAACACAGUACACCAGCGGUAUCCACCAAUAAAAGAAAACACUUUGAUCGUCAGAAUGAAUUGAAAAUGAAUAUUAAACAAGAAGAUGUGAACAGCACCGAAAAGAUUAUAACUGAAACUGAAGCUGUAGAGUCUCAUGCGCCGGCGAAGGAGAGCACAGAGACAAAUGACACCGAAGAUAAAUCCACAAAAAAUUGUAACAAUGACAAACCUAUAACAACGGUGCCUAAAUUGAGAGGCAAAAAGAGCAAUGAGAAGAAACCCAGUGACAUCUAUAGUGAAAACAACGCCGUUGCCAACACUAACGAGACCAGUACAAAUGAAGCCAGAGAGGUUGAACAAGACAAACAGGAGUCAAAAAACAGCACAGCUCCUCCUGCCAGUGAGACAAAUGAAACUUUGGCAAAUAAGGUCGAAACGAACGACAAUCCAAAUGUAAUUGAAGUCCAGCAGCAGCAACAACAGCAGAAGCAACAGCAACAGCAGCAGCAAGAACAGAAGCAAGAAGAACAAGAACAGCAAGUUAUUGAACCACCAAAUGCUAGCAAAACAGAGGCCUCACCUGCAGCGGCAUCGGGGAACGAUGAGAAAGUCUUAGAAGCCGUGGCAAAAAAGACAAAAAAGACGUUCGCUGAAUUAAUGGUCGAAAAUACAGAUACAAACCUUGCCGAACCGGAGCUAAAGGCGAAUUCGGAGGAUUUCAAAAAGAACAUUGAGCAUGAAAACGACCAUAAGCAAGAGAUAAACAGCGCCGGAGAAAUUGAAACCAAUAUGGAUAAAACAGCUGUUACAGAUGUUAAAACAACUGAUGAUAAGUUAAAAGUGGAUGAAGUGGUUAAGAAAGACGCAACACCAUCCAAAGAAAAAGAAAUAGAACACGUCGAACAGAAGCUAGUGCCGGAAAUCAAGACUACAAUAAAUACAACCACAAAAAGCGAGCCGAUGGCGGAGUCAACUGUUGAUAAAGAGCCGUUAUGUAAAAUAGAAUGCAUCGACAACGAAGCAUCGCCAAAAAUGGCCGCACAAAUUUCUCCGAAAGAAGUUAUAAAGCAAGACAACGCAAAUUCGCCGCCCUUCAUUGCUGAGAAGAGCAAAGAUAAUGAGAAAAAAGAUGUUAGGGAAAAUAAAUGCGACACAAAAAAUUUGAUAAAAGCACCACCAACAACGCCCCCUGCUUUGCCAGCAGCUGUGCCCAUCUCAAUGCCAGUGCCCACAUCAGCGGUACCGACACCGGCACCACCACCAACAAAAUCACCAGUAACGUCGCCAAUGGCAACACCUGCGCCUGUAACAGCAACACCACAAUCACCUGCACCUCCACCGGCACUGGCACCGGCAGCCCUACCAAAGCCAACGCUGGUACCAACACCAUCCGCUCCAGCAGCUCCUGCUGCUGUCACCUCAUUACCACAGUUGCAAAUACCCAAGCCAGCAAUAAGCGAGGCGAUCAUAUGCAAAACAGAUCCACUAGUAGAGACCAAACCCGUGGUAAAUAUAAAGACCACAUCACAACCUACUAAAUUAAAUACCGAAUUUAUGGAGAGUAAAGUUAAUGAGAGAAAAAUAAAAACAACAAACGAGUGCAGCACGCAUGAAAGAAAGGAGAAAAUUAUCACGCAUGCGAAUGUGCACGAGAACAGUGAGCAGCUGAAUAAAAUAAAAAUUGCACAGAAAAUACACGAAGCCGCCGCUGCAGCAGCUGCCGCCGCAGCCAGCCUGGAGUUACAACGAUCACAAUUGCAAGCGUCAACGAAAAAGGCUCAGAUGAACCAAGCAGCAAUGGCAAAUGCAAGCACUCUAAAUACCAGCCGAAGCGAAGCUGGCACGUUUUUGAAAACUUCGAAGGACAAGCAAAAAUCAAUUAUUGCGCAUACAGAUAUCAAAAUAAAAGAAGAAGAUAAGCAAAUGCAAGUGAUAACAAGCAAGACCACAGAUGCUGCGCUGCUAUCUUUGCACGAGAAGAAUCCGUACAAUACAGCCGAACAUCAGAAAAUUCAAAAUUCAAUGGAUUUAAACAAAAUUGCUCCACAUUUUCCGAUAAAUCAAUUACCCAAUUAUCCGAAUACGCCACAGUAUUGGCAAUGGGACUACUACGGUUACAAUUUCCCUCCCCUCGAUGCUGCAAGCCAGAAGAAUCAAAAUAAAUUCGCAAAGGACUUGGCCACAACUAUGGCAUACUCACAUAAUUUUACACAGAAUCUUUAUCAGUCAGCUAUACAGCAUCACGCGCAUCAGCAUAUGCAACAGCAGCAGCAACAACAACAACAACAACAGCAGCAGCAGCAGCAACACACAAAGGACAAAUUGAAAAGCGAUAGGAAGAUGAGUGUGUGCAAGAAGGAGGAAACGACUAAGAGUAGCUCUAAUGCGAACAGUCAAAGCUUUAGCAAUCGCGAGGAUGCACAUAAUUGUUCAUUUCCUAAUGCGCAAUCGACUAGUUACGGCCAGAAAUGCAAUAACGUCCAAUCGAAGUCUCAUAAAAUAUCCACAGACCAAGCACAGCACAUUAAAUCAUUAAAUAUCUUGCCCAAUUCCAGUUCAAGAUUUUACAAUCCAAUUAUCCCCUCAGUGCCCAUUCCGACUAAUGCGCUAACACAACAGGCGUUAUGCCAGAAAGCCAGAUCGGAGCAUACCCUGAGUGCGACUGAGGAGAAUAAGGUAAAACUAAGCGGACAUAAUGCCGCAAGUCAACAGCAAACUACAUCUCAAGAUAUAACAUCGCCAUUGGCAUAUAAUUCGGGAUCGUCGAAUCAUUCGGGGAGCAAUUUGCAUCACUACGAUUGCGGCAUGACAGUGCCAAUGAAUAUGGAUUCACCCUCGAGCAUCGGUAGCGAUAUACAGCAAAAUACGUCAGAUAGCAUUCCAUCUACCACGCCGCAUAUACAGCAGCAACAGCAGCAGCAACAACAACAGCAGCAGCAGCAGCAGCAGCAACAGCAACAGCAAUCACAAUUUUCAGAUUGUUCGAUGCAGAGCCAUUCGGGAAAUACUCCGAUGCACAUGGCCAUACAAACUUCUCACAUCCAGCAACAACAACAACAAGCUAAUCUCAAUUUAAACAUGCAGUCGAGCACCUCGCAGACAAUGAACACGCUGACAAGCUCACAGCAACAUGCACAACAAAGUCGAAAAGUCAAUCAACAGGUAUUGACCGAAGCUGAUAUGGUAGCUAGCAGCUCAAAUCAGCGCGCCACCACACCGAAAGCGAUUCGUGGCACAAACUCAUCUAGCAGCAAUCAACAGCAGCAUCGCCAGCCUAAAAGCACGCCAUCUAGCAAUUCAUCAGUGAGUGUCUCUCAACAACAGCAACAGCAGCAACAACAACAACAGCAGCAACAACAGCAGCAGCAGCAACAACAAAGUGUUAACAACAAUCAACAAAAUCUGUUGCAAACACAACAGGAACAUUUACAUAAUAUGCAACAAUAUUCACAAUUGAGUGGCCAGCAUCAUCAUCAACAAAAUAUGCAUAUAGAUUAUAUAACAUCUAUACCGCCCAUAGGCCAAAAUUAUACUUCGAAUGCCUCUAACUCAUACGAUAUUGUCUCCAUGCCAGCUGUUAUACAACAGCGUAUGGCGAUAAGUAACACUUCGCAUUCACUUUCUAGUCCACAUCAGCGGACAAUUGAUCAGUCCUCUUCAUCAGCUUGUGCUGUCAAUAAUUUCUAUUUGCAAAACAAUUUGGCUUCGAAUGAGGCAAGUACAACGCGUGUGCCGGUGCCUGCCUCUUCGGCAACAACCAAUUCGAACGGUGGCGUUAUUCACAUCAGUCCAGAUGCCUCAGCUAGUUCUUCCAGCGGUGGCGCUGGCGAUUCGCAAUUGGCACAAGAUAAUGCCUCCGAAUCGUCCUCAGCCAAUGCCGGUAACACAACGACGCAGGUUGGUAACAUAUGCAGCUUAUCAAAGUUACAACAAUUGACCAAUGGCUUAGAUAUACAACCAUGUAACACCUCACCGGCUGGACAAGUGAAUUUAACUCCGCCACCACAUCAUCCGGUAUCACACAAUUCCAUGACACCACCACCUCAUCUAUUGGUAACUCAAAAUCGUAGCUUGGGCACACCACCCAAUAUGUUGCAACCACAAAUCAAUCCACUACAGUAUCAUAAAUAUUAUUCAAGCAACAUGAAUAUAGCACCGAUUGCUACAACGCAAAAUGUGAAUAGAAAUACGCGAAAUACGGCAUCGGCGCCAGUACAACAUAUUGCUGUGUCGUCUGUGACGACCUCGUCGACAACCAGCCGCACAACGAAUGUCCACAUCAGUCCAAAUUUAAUGGCACCGUAUGGAGCAAUAAAUAGCUAUCGCAUGACCACACCACAAUCGGCGGCCACGCCCACUUAUGCUGCUGGCGGCGAUUAUUCCAAUUCGCAGAUUCCAAUGCAAAUGGGUGUUAUGAAUAUGCAAUCGCAAUAUCAAGAUGCCUGUGCCAUUCAGAGAGCACAACAGAAUUCGAUGUAUUCAACUUACCCUCCCCCAUAUUUAUCGUUGAACGGGGCUAUGAGAAGAUAAAGUAUUUAGUGUAUAGAGAAUGCUUAAAAGUUUAUAUUUAUAUAUACAUGCGUACAUGCAUACAUACAUACAUACUAUGUUUUUGAUCACAUAAAUGUAAACACUAUAAUUGUAUAUUUCAUAAAAAUAAAGUAAUUGGUUCAAUUAUAUCCAAUUCGCUGCUAUGAAUUAUUAGUUUACGAUGAAAGUGAAAGAAUUAGGCAAAAUGU